GGCUCCUCCUCCCGCGUGUGACCCGCUGCCGCAUGUGAGCAGGGAGGAGGGACGGCGCCGCGCGGGCCCCAGUGUGGCGGCGGCGACGACAGGAGGAGGCAGAGGAGCGGGAGGCGCGGCGCGGCGUCCCCCCGCAGCCUCAUCGCUGGGCCCCGCCGGCGCCCCUAGCCCGCCGGCGCCUCCCAUGCCCGUGUGGUGCUGCCGCUGCUCCUUGGCCGGUCACUUCAGAAGUUAUAGCGGCCCUGAAACUGAAGGACAGCUUUUGAAUUCCUUCGUCCAGUAUUUUGGUGACAGCCUUGGGAGGAAGAUUAAAAGAAUGCCUUUAAUUGAAGAAACUGUUCUGCCUGGGGACUCCCUCCUUACUCUUCCUGUAGUAAUAAUAGGAAAUGGACCUUCAGGAAUUUGUCUGUCUUACCUGCUCUCUGGAUACAGGCCAUAUUUAUCUCCUGAAGCUAUACACCCAAACCCCAUUCUACAUACGAAAUUAGAAGAAGCUCGACAUCUUUCCAUUGUUGAUCAAGAUCUGGAGUAUCUGUCUGAAGGCCUCGAAGGACGCUCUUCAAACCCAGUUGCAGUGCUUUUUGAUACAUUGCUUCAUCCUGAUGCUGACUUCGGGUAUGACUACCCACCAGUUUUGCACUGGAAGCUAGAACAACAUAAUUACAUUCCUCAUAUAGUGCUUGGUAAAGGACCACCUGGUGGGGCAUGGCAUUCCAUGGAGGGCUCUAUGCUGACAAUCAGCUUUGGAGACUGGAUGGAAUUGCCUGGCCUUACCUUUAAGGAGUGGGCAGCUAGCAAACGCAGAAAUAUAAAGAGUGAUCGAGUAAUGCCAGAGGAAAUAGCUUGUUAUUAUAAACACUAUGUUAAAGUCAUGGGCCUCCAAAAGAAUUUCAGAGACAAUGUUUACAUAACAUCAGUAUCCAGGCUUUACCGAGGAGAGGAUGAUGAAGAUAGAAGUCAACUAAAUGAAAAUAUUUCAACACAGCAUUUGGAAAUGGAAGAUGAACAGAAAUCACUGAUUAAGAGAAACUGGGAAGUCAGAGGCUAUCAGCGAGCAACAGAUGGUUCUCAUGUGCCCUUCUGCCUGUUUGCUGAGAAUGUGGCUCUUGCCACAGGAACCUUUGAUUCUCCUGGCCGAUUACAAGUUGAAGGAGAAGACUUUCCUUUUGUGCUUCAUUCCAUGUCUGACUUUGGAGCUGCUAUCAGCAAAGGAAAGUUACGUGGGAAGGCAGACCCUGUGUUAAUUGUGGGUGCUGGACUUACAGCAGCUGAUGCGGUACUGUGUGCCUACAACAACAACAUCCCAGUAAUCCAUGUGUUUCGUAGGAGAGUUACUGAUUCAAGUCUAAUUUUCAAACAGUUACCUAAAAAGCUUUACCCUGAAUACCAUAAGGUCUAUCAUAUGAUGUGUACUCAGUCCCAUACUGUGGACUCUAAUCUACAUUCUGCUUACACGAGUUUCCCUGAACACAAUGUACUUUCCUUCAAGCCUGAAAUGAAAUGUGUUCUUCAGAGUGCCUCCGGACUGAAGAAAAUUUUGAAGUUUUCUGUAGCCUUAGUUCUAAUAGGUUCUCACCCAAAUCUUUUCUUUCUAAAGGACCAAGGACGUAGCAUAGGUCAUCACUCUAAUCAGCCCAUCACAUGCAAGGGGAAUCCUAUAGAGAUUGAUCCAUACACUUAUGAAUGCACUAAAGAAGCUAACCUCUUUGCUUUAGGCCCUCUGGUGGGAGACAACUUUGUACGGUUUUUAAAAGGAGGUGCAUUGGGCAUUGCGCGAUGCUUGGCAAUAAGGCAAAAGAAGAAACAUGAAUUGAUUGAAGGUGGGGAUGGAGGAGGUGAUGGGGUACCGUAAAUGAGACACUAGAAACUUUCACAUACAGAAUUACAGACGUAGUCUAACAGAACACUCACUGACAGCGAAAGUUGAUAGCAGUCACAUUUCUGUUGUAUACAAGUAACCUGUGCUUGUAUUGCUUGGUAAAGGAUGCUGAUACUACAACGCUUCACCUUUUCAAAAUACAAAAAAAAAAUGAUCUGCUAUUACAACUGAUCUCUACUCAACUGGAAUUACUUCCAGAUAAACAGAAAAUGAGACUAACUUAUAUUGACCUGCCUGUCAUCUCUUGCUCAGCUAAAAGAGCAGGCUUCCUCUGGGGAAAGCAAUGCCUACCAGAGUGGCUUUACAUUUUAGUGUCAAUGUGACAAAAUAUUCUUACUAUGAAAUUAAAAUAACUUCUAAAAGCAGAAAGCGUGCUUAGUUCAAAGUGAAUCUUGGACCCAAAGCAAAUUUGGAGCCUUCUGCUUGAAACAAGGAUUUUAUUUAUUUGCCAUAGUAAUACAGUAAUACUUGCAAUGAGCAGUUAGUAAAAUGUUUUUUACUAUAAGAAGGAUUUCUGUAAGCAAGAAGUAUUCCUUAACAGUUAUAAAUUAUCCUGUUUGAUAAUUGGAAUAAAAGAAUAAGCAUUCCCAUUUAAUCUUAAACGCAUGAUUUGACACAAUCCAUUAAUGUUUUUUCACACUAUGCCUAAAGUUGGGUGAGUGCAGAAAGACUGACAUGAGAUGUUCCCCUACAGUGAUAUGUACAUUUCUGAGAAUACUCAUGAACAUAAACAAUAAAGUACUGAUGUAAGUGCUCUUAUUACAGUGUCAAUAUAACAAAUAUCUAGUGUACUACUGAAAAAUUAAGUAUGUGAGAAAACUUAAGGUUUUUUGCUUCCUAGCUCAGGAAGACUGAAUGGGAUCACUUGACUGAUGAAGGUGGGUGAUAGGUAUUCUCAUCUCUCAUUUGACCAAGUAUUGGUUAUUUCUCCCUUUUUUUUUUUUUCUUCCUAGAGCUGCACAUAACACUAAAACUAUUUUAGCCUGCAGUUUUUGAAACUUGAAAAAAGGUUGCAUCUCACAGCCAGCUAAAAAAUAAACAAAUAUGCCAUACUUCCUGUUGAUCUUAAAGCUUGUUACAAAAGACAGACUUGUACCUACCUCUGAAUUGAAGUUUCACCUUUCUGCUCCAUAAUGCAAGACCUAGAUUUCAUUUGCUGGGUUUUAGAGUAGUCAGUUUACCUAAACGCACUCAUGGGUUAUUCACCAUAGUGAGGUAAGCAACAGCUAGUUAGAGAAGUUCUCUUCCAGAACUCUCAAUAGACAAAAGUGCUUGGUUUUAACUGAUUGAUUACCAAACAUUUUAAUUCAGGUCCAAUGUGAUGGAAUAGAUGUUAUUUAAUUUUUUGUUUAGGGCUUUUUUGUGUUGAAGAACGUCAUGUUAAUUUAAGGUAUUGUAUUUGCAUGAUUAAAAUCUCCGUAUUAGAACUUGAACGGAUUUUUAAAAUUAGGCUUAGACUUUGUGCUUGGUUCCCCAGCUGUGUAACUUUCAUAAGUUGUAGAUACCUAUAUGCAAUAAAUGCCUGUUUUCUGUGCCUACUGAAUUACGGGGUUCUGUGGCUACUGCAGGCCUUUGUGCAUCUGAGUAAGUUACUCAGACUUUGGACACAGAAGUUGAAAAGGAUUAAAAUGACUCUAUUUUCAAUGGAAGUCCAAAGUAAUUUAUGAAAUGAUGCUACUACUACUACUAAAUUUUAGUUUGGAGCCAACUUAAUAGCAUAAACACAAACGAAGCAACAUUUUUAUUGAUUUCUGCAUUGCCUACAUGGUUGGAUUUAACCAUGCAUUGUCAAUACUAGUUAAGAUAAGUUUUAUAUUGAUACUUGAACUGGUUUUAAUUAUGCUAAAUCCUAGGCUUAUUUUCUUCAUAAUUGAAUUGAGAUUCUAUAAUUUGCCGCCUUUGGCAGAAACUGUGUGUAUAUAUAAAUCUAUCCUAAACCUGUAAUACCUAAUAAUUUUAACUGAAAAUCAGUGUUAUGUGCUAAAUACUUGAUUAUAGAACUUUAUUGCAGCUAAUAUAUUGGGAGAUACAUCUGCGCUGUGAUUAAAUUCCUUCGGUUUUGUGUCAAUAUAAAUGUCUGAAUACAACAUACUAUGG